AAUAUUAUUCUAAUAACGCACUUGAAAAUAUUGGAUGGAUGAAUACAGUUGUAGACAUCAUGCCAGAAUUAUUUAAGAGUGAUGAAGAAAGAAAUAAUGGUAAGAUUAAUGAGAAUGAAAUAGAUUUAAAAUAUGAGAAAGAUGAUAAUAUUUAUGAGAAUGAAAUGAAUUCUAAAUCAGAAACUUACGCAUAUCAUGCUCAAAAAUUAUUUUAUAAUCCUUGCUUUUGUAACAAGUCACUGGAUUUAUUAUCAUUCGAAUUUCUUGAAAUUUAUCAAAAGUCAAAUGAUUUAUUAAAAGUUUUUAUACCUAUAACACAGUUGAUUCCACAGGAUUCUGAGUUGUAUUUACAAGAAAUCGAUUAUGAUAAAAUUGUUGAUAUUCGAAUGGUCCCUUUAACAGACUUCACAACAAAGAAAAAAUCAUUAUUGAAUGUAAAAAAAAGUAAACUUACAAGGUUUCUAGACGUUUUAAUUUUUCCUAGCCAAUAUUUAUCUUAUGAAGACUUUAAAGAGAAGGAUUACAGUCCCUUUAUUAGACUCAUUAUGGAACUCAUAAAAAAGGGUAAAAUUGAGAUUUUAUAUGAAAACCCAUCUAUAGGAGCUGCCAUGAAUUGGAUGUUGUAUUCUUCUAAAUUCUAUUUCCCUAGAGCACUGUGUCUUUUUUCCUUGUACUUUUUGACCUAUUCAAUUUUCUCUUGGGCAUACAUUUCCCAUGUUCAAAUAACUGGUACACUUCAACUUAUGAUGGUUACAACCAUUGUAUUAUUCUAUUAUUUGGCAUAUGUUCAUAUCGUGGUUGAAUUUAACCAAUUCCGUCGUCAAAAAAUGGCAUAUUUUACAGAUCCCUUUAAUAUGGACGGAUUUAAAAACGUCGAAAGUAGUCAAUUCUUAACAUUUAUUAUAUUCUUGAGUUAUCCAUAUUAUAUUGGGCUAAGUCAAUCUUCGACAACGUACGAAAUUACUAAUGGAAAUGCAGUUUAUACUAUGACCGGAGAGGUAUCAGAUAAUCCGUUUUCAAGUAUUAUUGGGGCUAUACUUGCAGUACAUGAUUGGUCAUCAAUUUCAUUAGAUACAUGGAAUUUUUGGCCACUUACUAUAAUUAGUGUAAUUGGCUGUUUUAUUUUUGUGAUUAUAUUACAAAAUGUAAUAAUUUCAUUCAUGAGCGACGCUUUUUCAGAUGCAGCCAAAGAUAGUAAACGCGGAGUAUAUGGCUUUCAAGUUAAACUAAGAGCAAAAUAUAUCUGCUUUUAUGAUGAUCCGUCUAUUACAAAGUCAUGGAAAAAAAAAUCAGAAAAAAUGCAAUCCAAACCAUAUCCUAAAAUGCCCAAGUUACGUAAGAUCGAAUUUAAAUCUUGGCCAGUUGAAAGAUGUGAAUUUAUUUGGAAAAAAGAGAAUAAAGAGCAAGUGACCUUAAAAAAUUUAACUGAAGAAUUUGAUACAGAAAGAUACGGAAUUAUUUAUGAUACGGAACCAUUUCCAUAUUCUCUUAUUCACCAAUAG